UGGAGUUGUGUGACGUGCCACGUCGUCGUACUUCCUUUUCAAAAUGGCGCCCCCCAUUCCUCAUUUGGCAGUCCGCGGGUCUGAUGGCACUUCACUGUUGUGUGGACCUCCGAGCUGUCAUGAAAGCUCUGCAUUCAAGAGGGAUGAGCUACAGGCCAAACAUAUGGUGUUCAGUAGUGAUGGCUCUCUGUUUGGAUGGUGCAAUGGCUCACAGGUCAAUGUGGUUAAAGUUCCCUCUGGCGAGUUGGUGAAGUCUUUCGAUCUGCCCAAAACAGCUGCAUUGGAAUUCUCACCUCUGAAUAACAUUUUGGCCACCUGGCAGCAAUAUACCAAAACGCAGGAUAAUCCUCAGGGAGAUGCAAACCUGCAGCUCUGGGAUUUGCAAACAGGAUCUCUUCUCAAAGCUUUCUAUCAGAAGAAGAUUACAGGAUGGUGUCCAAGCUGGGCAGAUGAUGAAAGUGUUGCUGCUCGAAUUGUCAAUAAUGAACUUCAUUUCUUUGAGAACAAUAAAUUUGAAACGAUUGCUAACAAACUUCACCUUCAGAAAGUGUCAGAAUUUGCUUUGUCUACUGGGUCUCAGCCAGCCAAGGUUGCCGUCUAUGUUCCUGGAAGCAAAGGUUCUCCCUCUUUUGUACGACUGUAUCAGUAUCCCAAUUUUGGUGGUCCAACUUCUGCUCUGGCCAACAAAAGCUUUUUUAAAGCAGAUAGAGUGAGCAUGCUAUGGAACAAUAAAGCCAAUGCAGUUUUAGUGACGGCCAGCACAGAGGUUGAUAAAACAGGAGCAUCUUAUUAUGGAGAACAGACGUUACAUUAUGUUGCUACCAAUGGAGAAAGUGCAGUAAUACAACUGCCAAAGAAUGGACCCAUAUAUGAUGUGUGUUGGAACCCCAACUCUACAGAGUUUUGCGUGGUUUAUGGUUUCAUGCCCGCCAAGGCCACUGUCUUUAACCACAAGUGUGAGUCUGUCUUUGACUUUGGCACGGGUCCCCGUAACGCAGCUUUCUACAGCCCGCAGGGCCAUAUUCUCAUUCUCGCCGGCUUUGGGAACUUGAGAGGCCAAAUGGAGGUUUGGGAUGUAAAGAAAUACAAACAGGUGUCUAAACCCCAGGCUGAAGAUACCACACAUUUCUUCUGGUGCCCUGACGGUGAGCAUAUAGUGACUGCGACCUGCUCUCCCAGACUCAGGGUCAGCAAUGGUUACAAGAUCUGGCACUACACCGGCACAGUGUUGUACAAGCACGAGACACCGUCAAAUAAAGAGCUUUGGCAAGUGUUAUGGCAACCCUUUCGGACCGGAACGUUCCCAGAGAAGCCGGUGAAAUAUCAAGCGUCGCCAAGUGAGCUGGGCACUACUGAAGCCAAACCUGCCCAAGCGUAUCGUCCACCUGCUCUCCGUAACAAACCUCCGACCGCCAGCUCCAAACUGCAUGAAGAAGAACCACCACAGAACAUGAAGCCUGGUGCUGCUGGAGAGAAGCAAAUGUCUAAAGCGGCUUUGAAAAACCAGAAAAAACGUGAAGCAAAGAAGGCAGCCAAACAGGAAAACAAGUCUGAUGAAGCCCCACCUCCAGAAGCAGACUCCGCCCCUGCCAUUCCUGCUCAUGUGACUUCAAGUCAUGGAGACCCUGAAACUGACAAAAAGAUCAAGAACUUAAAAAAGAAAAUCAAAGCCAUUGAUGAACUGAAGGAACAGCAAGCAGCUGGAAAAGUGAUGCAGAAAAACCAGCUUGAAAAGAUUGAGAAGGAGGCCCAGCUGUUGCAGGAGCUCGAAGACCUUGAAUUAGGACUUUAAACACACUUGACCAGUUUUUCAAAUCGGUCAUCAGUUUUCAAAUCUUACUUUAUCAUACUGUUAUUAUGUAUGUGAGAUGUUUUCAUAAACUACUCAUGUUCAUUAAAUAAGACCCCGUCCUACCCCUUUAUUAAUAUGCCCGAAAUAAUGAGAGCAAUAUUGCUAUGCAAGAUAACCUGCAGCACAACAGAGCGCCAAUGACGUCACGCGAUUACACAAAAAUAAAGAAGUGAUGAAAUUCAAA